AUGUCUCCCAAAUCUCCCACCAGAAAGAACAAGGCGCGACCGUCGCGAGGUGGACGAGCGAGUGUCGGAGGCAGGAGGGAGUCGGGCAAGAGACUUGGACAAGCAGGACCCGCUCCCGAUCGCGCAAAGAAGCGCUACAAGCCUGGCACCGUUGCUCUCCGUGAGAUCAAGCGCUACCAAAAGUCGACCGACCUGCUCCUCCUGAAGCUCCCAUUCCAGCGCCUGGUCCGCGAGAUCGCGCAAACAGUCACAACCGAAGACGGCCCCAACAGAUGGCAGAGUCAAGCCAUCGUCGCCCUCCAAGAAGCCACCGAAGCCUUCCUCGUCAACCUCUUCCACGACGCCAACCUCUGCGCCAUUCACGCCAAGCGCGUUACCAUACAGCAAAAGGACAUCCAACUCGCGCGUCGUCUGCGAGCAGCUUGGGGUGCGCCGGUUUGA